AAAUUACGCUGCAAAGAUAGACAAACAGGCCCCAAGAACGGAAAAACACUUUAAUUUCUAAAAUCUCAUUUCUAAUCUUCGGAAACAUCAUCCUGUGUUUUGGUCUUGUGAUCACAAUGGUCGAGGAUAUGAGAAAAUUCCUUUUUGAGCUGUUGCACAGGACAGACAAUCUUCUUGGUAUUGUGAUAACUGAUCGAGAUGGUGUGCAGUUGCUAAAAGUUUUUAAAGACGAUGCCCCAGAUUUGGGUAUGCGACCAGCCUAUCUCUCCACCUUUGGUAUGGCAACAGAUCAAGCAGGGAAACUUGGCAUGGGCAAAAAUAACAAGAUGGUGUGUAUUUACGGUAAUUACCAGGUAGUGCACUUCAAUAAACUGCCACUUGUGGUAACUGUUAUAGGGACAAGUACGGCUAACACAGGGCUGCUCAUGGACCUUGAGAACGAAUUUUCACACAUAGUAUCACAGCUCACACAUGUCGUUGAUGGUAUUUAGCUAGUAGUAGAGUUGAAAGCUUUAUAUAUAGAGAAAGGUUUUUAUUAGUGUUUCAUAAUUGUUUUUCUGUAAUUUUAUUUUUCUUCAGUAAUUUAUGAAGUAUAAAGCAUUUGAGGCCUGUAAUCUAUUGUCACAUAUAUCAGAUAAUGUUAGAUAUGAUAUAAAAAAAAAAUAGAAUACGUUUAUGCAGAUAUAUGUUAUUGUAUCAUGCAGUUUUCUUGUUUUAUGGAUAUUGUUUCACAGAAUUAAAGUGAUGUCUCCUCAUUUAAACAUAUAUCUCCCGGCUCUGUUUGUUGUAUUGCUAAGUUUGCUAAAAAAAAAUGUAUAAAGUCUUGAUUUGGAUUUGAUUAGCUGCAUUAAUUUAAGAAACUGUAUUUACACCAUUGGCAUGACAGAAUUGUUGAUAAAACCUAUUGUGGUUUUAUUAUUUUUUGUACCAUAUACUAUUUUGCAUUAAAUAUAUUACAAACAUUUUA